GCUAGGACGGCUAAGCAACCUCCAAGCCCUCAAGUCAGCGGCGGGAUGACAUAACACCCUGCUGUCAAAGCCCUUCCACAACAUAUGCAACCCCCGAACAAACACUCUCUAUCCACCGUCUCACAACCCUAACCACCCCUUUUCCACUGCAUUCCCCACCACCAUGUCCGCCCGCCUCGUCAUACCCCGACCCGGCUCCAACCCGCCGCCGCCCAAACCCCCCAUCCCCGGUGCAUCCGAGCAAGCCUUCACCGACACCUUCGGAGCCCUCCUCCGACCCGCCCAAUACCUCACCACCCCGGCCGGAAAAGCAGCAUACUACCACCUCCCUCCCUCCGACCCGCACCCCUCACACCCCUCCUCACACCCCUCCUCACACCCCUCCCACGUCCUCCUCCUCCACGGCGUCCAAACCCCCGCCCUCGGCCUCCUGCCCCUCACCACCGCCCUCCGCAAAACCCACCCGCACACCCACUUCCUCCUCCUCGACCUCUGGGGCCACGCCCUCUCCGACACUCCGCUCCUCCCACACACCCCCGCCCUCUUCACCGCCCUCAUCCACGCCCUCCUCACACACCUCUCCUGGGACCAUGUGCACCUCAUCGGCUUCUCCUUCGGCGCCGUCCUAGCCGCCGAAUACAUCGCCUCUACUCGCCCCGCUAGCGUGCACAGCUGCGUCCUCGUUGCCCCUGCCGGACUCCUCCGUAGCGCUUCCUUCGGCCCCGAGGCACGCGCUUUACUCGGCGCCGAAUGCGCCGACGAAGACGCGGCGCGGGACUGGGUGCUCGGGUUCCUCGAGGGCGGGCCCCUGGUUGUGCCGUCGGACUGGCGCGAGCGUGUUGCGCGCGGCGAGGUCGUGGCGGAAAAGGUGCGCGAGUGGCAGAUGGUGCAGCACGCCGGGCAUGGCGCCAGUGUUGUAGCCUGUUUCCGGGAUGGGCGCGCGUUUGAUAACGGGCGGGUGUUUGAGGAGCUUGGGAGGUCUGGGGUGCCGGUGUUUGCGGUGUUGGGCGGGGAUGAUCCGGUUUGUGGGAGGGCGGAGCUGAGGGCGGUGGGGAUUGAGGGUGGGGAUCUUGUGGUUGUUGUUGAGGGGGCUGGGCAUGGGGUUGUUAGGGAGAGGGCGGAUGAGGUUGCGGGUGCGAUUGGGCGGUUUUGGGGACGGCUUGCGUAGGGUUUACUCUCCUGGCCUGCUUUAUGGAAAGGCGGCACGUGCGCGCGGCCAUGUCUGGCGCGGACCGCGUCCCCUGGUGGCGCCGCUUCCAGGGUCCAGAAUGCUCUGCAGCGCCAUCAUACUGCACCUUGCAGCACUUCAUGCGUAUCGAAAUAGCACCCGGAAUGCGAAUAUCAAACAGUCGCCCUGCCGUCAUUGGCCCGUCCUGCCGUACGAGGCUGUCUUUGACGG